CAAUUUCUUAUUCAAACCCAAAACCUUUCACUCUCCUACUCCCUCUUUGCUUAAACCUCAGCAUAGACAAGUUCAAACAUUUUCCAGCUUUUAGUUACUUAAUCAAAACUUAACAUUCAGGCCAAGUUCCAUGGUUGUUGCUUCUUGCUCUUCACCAUUUAGGCUAUUUCAAUCCCUUUGGCUGCUUCUGCUUGUGAUCCUUGGAAAAGUUUUUUCUUCUUCAUAACCAAAUUUACCCGGUCUAUAGCAGGUCAUGAAUUAGUAUUUCCAAGUUCCAAACAAGGAAUCCCUCUCUAUUUUCUUACAGUUGAAGGAAAGAAGAAAGGGGGAAAAAAAAAUGGAGAACAUGUGGAAGUGGGAGCAGGGGACACUGGUGAGCGAGCUGAUUCAAGGAAUGCAAUUAGCAAAACAGCUAAGGUUGCAUUUGGGUGCACCAUCAUCUUCUGUUGAAUCCAGGGACUUGCUACUACAGAAGAUCUUAUCUUCCUAUGAAAAAGCUCUUCUGAUUUUGAAACUGAGCAGGCCUACGGAACAGCCACAACAAAAUGUAGGAGGAAAAACUUGUGUGCCAGAGUCUCCUCUAACCAUCAACGGCAGCCCCAGGAGUGAUGAUUUAGAAAAGGAUAACCAGGAUAUCAGAGAUGUCUCAAAGAAGAGAAAGAUGAUGCCUAGGUGGACGGAUCAGGUGAGAGUGAGCUCUGAAAACCUGCUGGAAGGUCCUCAUGAUGAUGGCUACAGUUGGAGAAAAUACGGGCAAAAGGAUAUCCUUGGAGCCAAAUAUCCUAGAAGCUAUUACAGAUGCACCUAUCGAAACACCCAAAACUGCUGGGCUACAAAGCAAGUGCAGAGAUCAGAUGAAGAUCCCAUCCUCUUUGAGGUCACAUACAGAGGAACUCAUACAUGUGCAAAUGGCAACCCCGCAGUUCCAUCCCCAGAAAAACAACAUAAAUCAAACUCAAACGGCCUUAAUAAUACCAAUUACCAACCAUUGCAGUCACAAGAUACCCUCUCAGAGUUUCGAGCAGGCCUAAGAGUCAAUACUGAGGGCUUAGACAAUAAAGAGAUGGCACCCCCAUUCUCUUUUGCUUCAACAUCAUUUGGGUGUAUAAAGAGCGAAAACCAUAGCUUUUCACCUUCAGGAGUACUUGAUUACUACAAUAUCUUCGGCAGCUUUUCAUCGCCGUUCAUGUCUCCCGAUACACCAGAAUUAAACUACUUUUCAGUUUCCCAGAUGAACAACUUCCAAGGGGUGCUUAACACACAGCAUUCUAAAUCUGAUCUCACCGAGUUGGUUUCAGCCAACACUUCGGCCACCAAUUCUCCAAUUAUGGACUUGGAUUUUUCGCUCGACCAAGUGGAGUUGGACCCGAAUUUCCCAUUUGACACACCGGGAUUUUUCUCCUAACUCUUUUCCGCAAUCGAAUAAGAGUAAUGGUAGAUGUCAAAUUCGGGUUCCAAUAACCAAAGUAGGUUCAUGGUGAGCCGUGUGUUCUGCGAAGAACUAUUGUACAAUACAUGUCCCUUUCAAUUCUAUGUUGGUUUUGAGAAAUUUCCUCAGAUAACAAGUUUUGAUACUUGUUCUUAUCGAAAUUCCAUAAUACUAGUGCGCAGAUUUUCACCAAAA